AUGGCGAGGCGCGGCGACUCGAGCGACCCGAGAAUUUCUCGAGCCUCUAGUUCUCAAGAUGGAGAUAACGUUACUUGCAACAUUUGUCGUAAAAAUCUCCGUAAUGUAUCAAAAAAUACAACGGGCAUGAUUACACAUCUCAAACUGCACAAUUUAUCGAGCAAUAAAACAGCGACGUCCGUGGAUACAGAUGCUCAUUCUUCUAAUAGUGCGAGGCAAACAAAAUAUCCAGAGGGAAGUAAACGGCAACAACAGCUACAUGAAGCACGAGUGGCCAUGAUAACAGACGAUUUUCAAACGUUUUCAAUCGUCGAGGACACUGGUUUUCGACGUUUUGUUUCACUUGAGGCAUAUAUUGCUGUAACUGGUCAUUUCAUUAACACUAAUUGGAAUCUGAAAGCUUUAGUUCUCGAGACAUUCCCAGAAAAGCAUACAACGCUAAAUAUUAGUGAGGCGUUAGAUAACGUGAUUUCAAAAUGGAACAUUGAAAACAAAGUUGUAAGCAUCACAAAUGACAACGCCAGUAACAUGACGGCGGCCGUACAACUUAUUCACAGUGGCAACAUAGAUAUGCAACAUGUGCCUUGUUUAGCACACACUAUCAAUUUAGUUGUGAAAAGUUCUUUGAACAGCAACAGUGAGCUCUGCAUAAUGCGGGAAAAGGCGAGAAAAAUUGUUAGCUAUUUUAAAACAAGUUGCAAUGCUAAUGAAAAAAUCCAUGAGAUCCAGGAUCUAAUGAAAAAACCUGUUCAUAAAUUGAUUCAGGAAACCGCAACCCGAUGGAACAGUACGUUUUAUAUGCUACAACGUCUAGUGGAGCAAAAGGAAUGCAUUGCAGCCUGUUUAUCAACUUUGUAUUAA